AUGGCGGCAGAACAAAUAGGUACGGAUUCUCUAGAUAACAGUGUGGGUCCCUUGCACACCUUCACCAUCACCGUUGGUCGCACUGUCUUGGACCGUUGGAUCCCUCCAUUAGUGAAAUACCGAUACUGGGCCUUGUGCUCACAACAUGGUGCCAUUCUCCACUCCGGAUUGGACCUUCAAGAUGGCUACAAAGCAGCUGCCGCGGCGGUGGGACAUGUUGUGGAGCUGGCAGAUAAAAUUCAUUCUGCGACGCCAGACCUCCCUAUCUCCACGUUUGAUGGUUGGAUCAAUGAUGCUGAGGAUCUCGAUAAUGCCGGUAUGGAAGUAGAAUUCCUACAAGAACGCAUCAAACAGUUGCGGGCCUUUGUGAGUGGGAAGCAGAGACAGCCGUUGAUAGAGCAGCAAAAGGCUCGAAAACGUCAUUCUGAGAUCACGCGGGAGCUGGGGGAUGUGGAAGGUCAAAUCAGACUGUUGAUGAGGAAGAAGGAAGAACUAGCCACUCAAAAGAAAGAUGUGUUGGCAUUGCUACGUGAUCUGUGGCCUAGGGUUGAUGCUUGCUGGGCUGCCUUUGCUGAGCUGGUGGCAGCCCCAUGGUGAGAACCAUGGUGGAUGUCUGUCUAUCCAUCCAAACCCUCCAAUAUAUAGCCUUGUAUCUCUCUCUCUCUCUCUCUCUCUCUCUCUCUCUCUCUCU